UGGCUGCUGCCGCCGUCGCUUCCUGGUACGUCAGGCCCUCGUAAGCCUCCACCGGGUUCUCACCGUCAACACACGCUCGGUUUCCUCUCCGGUUGUGUCGCUCGCUCCUGUCGCCGUAAAAAAAACCCGUCAACACUGCACCAGUUAGAGAUGGCCCAGUGCUCCCAGUCCACCGCCGCUGGCCCCGCCGCGAACGGAGAGCCGCAGGAGGCGAGGAAGGUGGCGCUCAUCACCGGCAUCACCGGACAGGAUGGCUCCUACCUCGCUGAGUUCCUGAUCAAUAAAGGCUACAUGGUUCACGGGGUUUUGCGUCGUUCCAGCUCCUUCAACACUGGGCGCAUUGUGCAUCUGUACAAGAACCCCUGCACACACACUUCAGACAAAAUGGCGCUGCAUUACGGCGACCUGACCGACAGCACGUGUCUGGUGAAGAUCAUCAACGAGGUGAAGCCGACAGAGAUCUACAACCUGGGCGCUCAGAGCCACGUCAAGGUCUCCUUUGACUUGGCCGAGUACACGGCCAACGUGGACGGCGUGGGCACGCUUCGCCUCCUGGACGCCAUAAAGACCUGCGGGCUGACCAACAGCGUCAAAUUCUACCAGGCCUCCACCAGCGAGCUGUACGGGAAAGUCCAGGAGAUCCCUCAAAAGGAAACCACUCCCUUCUACCCCCGCUCACCUUACGGUGCUGCGAAGCUUUACGCCUACUGGAUCGUGGUGAACUUCCGCGAGGCCUACAACAUGUUCGCCGUCAACGGGAUCCUCUUCAACCACGAGAGCCCGAGGAGAGGUGGAAACUUUGUGACGCGUAAGAUCACCCGCUCUGUGGCGAAGAUUCACCUGGGCUUACUGGAGUGCUUCUACCUGGGCAACCUGGACUCCAAGAGGGACUGGGGCCACGCCAUCGACUACGUGGAGGCCAUGUGGCUGAUGCUGCAAAUGGACGAGCCAGACGAUUUCGUCAUAUCAACAGGGGAGGUGCACAGUGUGAGGGAGUUUGUGGAGGCGGCCUUCAAACAUGUGGGGAAGACUAUUGUGUGGGAGGGGAAGGAUGAGAGUGAGAUCGGCCGCUGCCAGGAGUCGGGGGUGGUGCACGUGAGGGUGCACGCAAAAUACUUCCGCCCCACUGAAGUGGAAUACCUACAAGGUGACAGCACCAAAGCGUUUGAGAAGUUUGGUUGGAAGCCGAAAAUCACUUUCGAGGAGCUGGUGAAGGAGAUGGUGACGUCCGACAUCGAGCUGAUGAAGAAGAACCCCACAGCCUGAGUGGGGUGGGGGUGUGGGGGGGGCUCCGUCCUGCAGGGAGGAAGCGCUGUAGCACUCCAGUGUCCUGAGUUUCAGUGUCCUGAAUUCAGUGCCCUGAAUUUCUACCUUCCCUGGCUUUUCCCCAAAUGAAAUGAUCUGGGGUUUUUUUUUUAAUCUUCACGAAGAGGUUUGAUCGAACCCUUCGUUGCCUUCGUCCUCGUUUCUCCCUCGUGAAUAUGAUUGAUUUGGUUUUACUGACACACAGCGAAGAGGCCUUACAUUCCACCGUAUACUGUACAUGUCUGUGUGGUUAUUUAUGCUUUUAUGAUUUCUGUUGUUUUUUUUUUUUAUCGUGGUCCGACUUGAUUUUAAUAUUCUGUCUUUUUAGAAGGUGAACAUGAAGAACAUAUUUGAUCUUUGAUCGGAGAAUGUGAAUCCAUGGGUUUUUAUUACUGAAGCCGUCGGUGCAAUAAAGAGAUUUUCACAUA